AUGGGCUACUAUAUGGCAUACUUUCUCACUCACCCCAUUCUCUUCAUCUACCAGGUCAUCCAACAAGUAAUCGACCUGAUCCUUUCACCCACACCUCCACCGCCAAACCCUAAUCUCGUGCGGCCCAAGAUUGCCGUCAUUGGUGCAGGGCUAACAGGCGUGUCGGCCGCAUCGCAUAUUGUAGGCCAUGGCUUCGACUGCCGCAUUUUCGAGGCUGGACCAAAGGAAGAACUAGGCGGGAUAUGGAGUCGGGUGAACAAUACGUCUGGUCUGCAGAUUCAUUCUAUCAUAUCAGGUCGCUAUGGCCUGGAAGCAAAGACAGAGUUCAACACGCGCGUGGAAAAGGUUUACAAGGAUCCUCAUGGUCGAUGGAUCAUCAACGACCCGUCUCAUGGACGUUUCGAUAGCGUCAUCGCGGCAAUUGGCACAUGUGGUGACGCAAAGAUGCCUACGCUUCCUGGCCAAGAGCACUUCCAGGGCGAGAUCUGGCAUAGUUCAAAACUCGACGGCAAGGUAGCAAAAGGCAAGAAAGUGGCCAUUAUCGGGGGUGGUGCCUCAGCAGUCGAAGCUCUGGAAUUCGUUGCCAGCCAGGAAGCCGAACACACCAAUAUACUCGCCCGCAGCGACAAAUGGAUCAUCCCACGGAACCCGCUUGUCGACGCCAUUCUGGCAUUUAACGUCUUUGGCAGCGAAACAAUCUUCUCAUGGAUUCCAGAGUACAUCUUGCGCCUCUUCUUCUACCGCGAUCUGUACGACAUAUCGCCCCCACCCAACAGCGGCAAAGGCCUCUUCACUGAGACACCGAUGGUAAAUGAUCAAGUCCUUGACCUCAUCCGCUGCGGCCGCGCCUCCUGGCUCCGCGGCGACAUCAACGGCUACGACCCAUGUGGAAAAGGCAUCAGGUUCAAUAAGCGCGCCCAAGGGGUACCCAAAAACGGUCCUGGUGUCGAACACAUGAUAGAAGCGGACAUUGUCAUCAUGGCCACAGGCUACAAGCGCCCAUCCCUAAACUUCCUCCCAGCAGACGUCUUCAAGGAACCCUACGAACCACCAAACUGGUACCUGCAAGUCUUUCCUCUCGACUAUCCGGAUAUCUGCGCCAACAACUGCACGUACGUGAAUGCAAUUGGCACCAUAAGAAACUACCACAUUGGAAUCUAUACGCGCUUUCUACUCAUGUACCUCGUUGACCCGUUGGCACGACCGCAGAUAAGGUGGAUGAAGCGCUGGAUAGACUUUACACGAUUCAUCAAGAGCAAAGCACCGGGUGGUGCUUUCGACUUCUUCACAUACUCUGAGCUCAUCUACUGGUUCUUGUUUACGAUUGCGAUUAAUCCGCUUAGGUGGAAAUGGGCGGCGUUUGUGCUGUUUGGUGUGGGCAAGGGACUGCCGCUAAGCGUGGUGCAGCAUGAGGAUAGGGCGCGGAAUGGACUGGCCAUGACGAAUGGUAUCAGUAAUGGCAAUUAUGACUACAAUGAAGAGGAAAGUUAG